AUGUGGAAAAUUUUACGACCAUAUGUUGGUGUAUGGCGUUUCACUGGGUUACAAUUAUCACAAGGAAAUAAUUUUAAUGUUCAAAUUCAAGAAUAUAUAAUUCGUCGAUUAGAAUGGACAAGAUUGCAAACUUUAGUUAUUCUUAAAUCUAAUUCGACAUCAAUUACAUUUUAUGUUGAUUCAUCGAUUGACGAACUUCAUAUUGAUAUAUCAUCAACAGGUUAA